CAGGGAGUUGAACAAACAGGACGAAGAAGGGGUGUGUUAGAAUCACCGACCGCUUUUCAGGACUCCAGCGACGACCAGCCAGCCAGUGUCUGGUGAACGCGCGUAUGCGUGCGUACAUGCGUGUGCAUGUGCGUGUGUGUUUGUGUCUGUGUGUGGACCAGCAGCCAACACACACUUAACAUUCGUUCGCAACAUGGCGUUGAAGCGCCGAGAGACACGACGGCUCUCCCCCGACUAAGCUUAUUGUUCGGAAAUCCAGGGGACUGUUAACCAAAGAGACUUAAACAUUAACAGAGAGUCAUUCACGCACCGGCGGAGACAAUAGCAGAUUCCAGCAUGUCGCUAUAACGGUAUAGCUGGUUGGAUAGACGUACGCUGCUACCCCACUGUUGGAAAUCAAAGGCUGUACAUGGCGGUGGAGAGUACAAUUUGGCUGUUCUGUCUUCUUUCGCUGUUUUGUGGUCCAUCCAAGCAAGAAAAGCCUGUUUCGGUGGAGCUGAGCUGCGGGGCUGGACCUAGCCAUGUAGUAUUGGAGCCAGGUUUGCCCCUCUUGCUGGACUGCAACCUUGGGGCCAGCGAUACACAUUUUAAUGUCACCUGGCUUCAGGAUGGCCGGCCUCUGCCUCUGGAGGGGGGUGACUUCCUGCAGUAUUUGGCCAAUGGAUCCCUCCUCCUGCUGCCAACCUCUCAGGGCGUGGAGGGCGGCUACAGCUGUGUGAGUGCCAGUACCCAUGGAGCCCUGACCAGCCGGACUAUUAAUGUUCUCCUAGCAAGUCUGUCUAAGUUCCUUCAGGAGCCAUUGCCCCAAACGGUACCUGCGGGGGGAGCUGCUCGCUUCAAAUGCCAGAUUGAGGGAGUACCUACACCUGUUAUUACCUGGGAAAAGGACACAGUGGCUGUUCCUGAGGAAACAAGGUUCAUUUCCCUUCUUAACGGGGUACUCCAGAUUCUGGAGGUGACAAAGGAAGAUGAGGGUGCCUACCGCUGUGUCGCGUCCAACUCUGCCAGGAAGGACAUCAGUCAUGAAGCCAGACUCACUGUCUCCACAGGCUCGACUGAAUCCCUAAACAGAGUUGCGAUUGUUGCACCACCUCAGAAUGCAACAGUCGUGCUUGGCCGUCCAGCUGUGAUGGAGUGUAUGGCACAAGGCCAGCCGAAGCCACUGGUGUCUUGGAGCAGACAAGAUGGAAAGCCUAUUUCCACUGAUGUGGUCGUCCUUGCAACAAACCUGGUGAUUAGAGACACAAGGCGUCACCAUGCCGGCGUUUAUGUCUGCCGGGCCAACAAGCCCAUGACCAGAGAAUUUGUUGAUGCUGCUGCUGAGCUGCAUGUGCCUGCCCCUCCGGUGAUUCUCCAGCCCCCAGAGACAGCGUCCCUCUCCCGGGGAAACACAGCCAGGUUUGUGUGCAAUAGCUCUGGGGAACCUCCUCCAGUGUUGCACUGGCUAAAGGACGGUCAUCCCAUCAAGACAUUCAGACGAGUAAAGACUCAAAGCCCUGGAGUCCUGCUCAUCAACCAGCUGGCGUUGGAGGAUGCGGGCUACUACCAGUGCAUAGCAGACAACGGGCUAGGCACGGCAUGUGCUACUGCCAAGCUGACAGUCAUUGUGAGGGAAGGUCUGCCCAGCUCCCCUCGCCACCUGUCUGCCACACCAUACUCCAGCACAUCUGCCCUGCUCAUCUGGGAGAAACCGGAGUAUAACUCGGACCAAAUCAUAGGCUACUCUGUGCACUGCCAACGUGCCGCAGGUUCAGAUAAUGUGGAGUACCAGUUUGCAAUGAACAACGACACCACAGAGUAUCAUGUCAAAGAGCUUCUCCCCCAUACUGCCUACACAUUCUUUGUGGUGGCUUACUCUCCCAUGGGUGCCAGUCCACCAUCCCUGCCUGUUACGAUAGAAAUGCUGGAGGAUGUGCCAAGUGCACCUCCUCAGCUGUCUAUAGCCAGCACGUCCCCCUCAGACAUCAGGCUGAUGUGGCAUCCACUGUCCUCCCAAAACAGCCGAGGAACUGUUACCCGCUAUCGCAUUGAGUACAGCACUCUGGAUCAGGUGGACAGUGUGUUCUCAGUGGAAGUUGGAGGUAAUGAGACUCAGUUCACACUAAGAGAGCUGCAACCCAACCAAGCCUACCGGCUGAGGAUAGCAGCUGGAACAGGCGUUGGCUUUGGGGUUCCAUCUGAGUGGGCUCAGCACCAAACAUUAGCCCACUACAACCACAGCAACCACAACAUGGUGAUCUUUGCCCCCACUGAGCUGAAAGUCAGAGCCAGAGUGAAAUCACUCAAUGUGACAUGGCAUCCCUCGCCCAAUCACACACUGGUCUCUGGUUACAAGCUGUCCUGUCGAGAGGUGGAGGCUGAUGAAUCAGCCAAUGAAAGGACAACACUGACCCACACCACUAGGCUUGGUAAGAAGGCCAGGUAUCAUCUUCUCACCAGGCUGGUCCCUGACCGGCAGUACGAGGUGAGAGUUUGGGGAUACAACAAGCAGAUAGAUGGAGCAGCUGCUGUGUGGAAGGGAAGGACAGACAAGGCCCAUGACAAAACAUCGUCGCUGCUCCUUCCGCGCCCCCCUCCAUUGCCCCCAAGCAGCAUCCAAGCAAUGGCCAACAGCUCCACCUCCAUCUGGCUGCGCUGGGAGAAGCCACGGUUUAGCAACGUACGCAUCAUCAACUACACAGUGCGCUGCAGCCCAGCAGGAACCACCAACGCCUCCCUGGUUUCUUAUUACACAAGCUCUGCUCAGGAGAUACUUCUCGGGGCCUUGAGGCCCUUCACCCGCUAUGAGCUGGCAGUGCAGUCUAAUGGAGUGGACGUGGUUGGACCCUUCAGCGGCACCGUGGAGGAGUCUACCCUUUCUGACAGGCCCUCAACACCUCCCGAGGAGCUGCGGCUGAGCGCUCUGGACUCCUCCUCUGUGCUGGCGAGCUGGCGCCCUCCGCUGGAGCCUAACGGUAUCAUCAUCAACUACAGGAUCUUGUUCAGCGGGAACCUCAGCAAGCCUGAGCACUUGUGGGAAAACCUCUCUCAGGAUGGGAGCAUUACCAGUGUGGAGGUCCAGGGUUUGUCCAGUGACACCCAUUACUUUUUUAAGCUGGGAGCAUCCACCGAGGUGGGGCCUGGGCCUUAUUCACCUAUAAAGGAUGUUUACACCCCCCUUCAGAAAUAUGAGCUGGACAUCCACGCAGUGACAGGCAUCAUAGUUGGUGUGUGUCUGGGGCUGAUAUGCAUCCUCCUCUGCAUGUGUUUCAGCUUUCGUAAUGGCAAAUCUAGGGAAGUAUCUGGGGGCCUGGACUCCACAGCUGUGACCCCUCAGUACAGGCGAGGAGGCUGCCCCGUUCCCUCCAACGUGCCAGAAUGCAGCAAUAGCCACGAGCUGGAAACACUGAUGCCCCCUGGCAGCCAAGAGUCUGGUCAGCCGCUAGAAGAGGCCUCAGAGGAGCAGAGCCUGAUGGCAAGUGCUAAUCCAGGGGAAGGGGAAGAUGCUCCUGCACCUGAACCCAAGGCUGCUUGGAAUGGCUCUGUGAGUCAUAACUGGGCCAACAGAAUCACUAGAUACAGAGACACCAUAACAGAAGACUCUCCAACACUCAUUAAUGGAGCUCUCAACAGGCUAAUUACUGAUAACGGCACGGGCUUAGAAGAUUAUCUGUGUACAUCUGUGUGCAGUAACCAGGUGGAGGCAGAAGUCAUUGUUCACUCAGAGCUGUCAGACCCAGGGAAGGAGAAAAAGGAGGAGAGCACCACCAGGGGACCCUCAUUAUCAGAUGACAGAUAUUCCCUUUUGAGUCAGCCAAACCCACCAGGAGAGGGGGACGCUCUCAAAAAACUAUCACUGACCCAAAGCCCCUCGAGUCUUCCCUUAAUAAAGUUGGUGGCUAAUCACAACGGGGAGCUACAAGGCACGGCAGACAUAGAGCCACAGCCGGACAUGGGGCUAACUAAUGGCUUCCACUCCCCAAAGACUGUGCAUUCUGUGCUGAGGUCGGAGCAUCUGGAGAAUGGGGAUUCCAGACACUGCCAUUCGGCUCCUGGGAAGGCCAUCUCUGCAGGGCUGUCCCCUGCCCCCUUUGUCACCUCCGGCUUUGUCCACUCUACCUCAGCAGCACACGGUUAUCUGUGCCCGUAGCCCCUGCAUGGAGGGCAUCGACCCUUACAUACACAUGCAGACAUCAGACUGAUUUUCUUUUCUGAUUUCUUUCUUUCUUUACAUACCCAGGAACAAUCCAUAAGGAUUACUUUUAUGCACCUCAUUAUUGGAUUCUUUUCUCUUCCUUGCAAAGUUUUUAUAGGUACUUUAAAUCCAUUGUUUCAUACGUGCGUGUAUAAACAGUAUACAUACACAGUAUAUUUUUAAUGGUAGAGUACUGUAUAUAUGUAUGCAUUCACUAGCAUUGCAACCAUAUUUUCCUCUGGGGUUUUUCCUGUCUGUAGUAAAGAAAAGAAAGAUUUAACUUAACCAAGCAGCUGGAACUGGAUUGAAGGAGGCUAUUCCCACCGUUGCACAUGGCUUUGUUCCACUCUGGAAUGAAAAAGCUAGUAUGUUCUGUGAGUGAGACAGGCUAUCAUCAAGGAAGGAAGGAUUGGAAAUGCAAGCUGGAUGGAUCUCCCUGGGCUUUGUCAGGCGGAUGCUACUUUCCCGUAGCACUGAGGAAUAAGCCUUAAAGGAUAUCUGCACUCUCUGAGAGUGCAGAACACCUGUGUCUCUCUCCAGCCUCCUGCUGUCUCAGGGUCCAUGGUAUCUCACACAGAUUCAGUCACCCAUAAACACACAUUUACACACACAUUUUUCCUGACUGGAGUGUGGGGGUCUCAGGUGCCUAAUUAUUGUAGGUGCAUUUAUAACCUCUGUAUAUUUCUAUAAAUGAUUUCUAUAGAUGACUUCUAUUGAGUACAAGUACAAACACAUGUCAAAAUAAAAAUUAAAAAAAAACACUCAAAAUGUAAAAAGAUGUGGAGUAUACAGAUUUGGUACUAGGCAUGGGUCGGUUUUCGGUUUCAAGGUAUACCGCGGUUUGAAAAAGUCACGGUUUUAAAACCACAAACAUUUUCUGUCAGAUGUCUAAGGUAGGAGCUGUUUUGAAUGAGUUUUUAAGGACAGUAAUUGCACUUUAGAAAUCCUUCUCCCUGCCAGUGUUCAGUGUGUUUAAAAAUAAAAUACAUUGUUUACAAUGGGAAAAAAAACUUUUUGUUUGUUUACCCAGACAUUUAAAAAAUAAAACAGGCUAUCAUACCGUCAGAAUCUCAUACCGGCCCAUGCCUAUUUGUCACACAUGAAGUAUUCUUUUCCAAAAUGUCAUAUAUCCAUGUGGUGUGAUUUUGUGAAACAGUGACACUCAGUUGAAAAGAUAUAUGGUGGAUAUCUCAUUUUGGAAUCAAGGUAUUUACAUGUUGAUGUUGGUAUUGGUUUAAUUAUGUUGCUGGGAGAACUAGAGAAGAUGUAACAACAACCCAUUUGUAAACCACUUUGGCUCCCAAUUAGGGAUGCACCAAUAUGAUACUGUGCCAUUGUCAUUUAAAAUUUCCCUAUAUGUGAAACACUUGCACGCCAUGUUUUUGAGUCAAGGGAAAUUGAACGUGACUCUACAAGCGUAUCUGAUUUGUUAUAUGACAAAAUUUCCACAAUGCUGUACUCUGCUACAGUACCAGAAACAAUUAUAUACAUUUUUGCAUUUAUCAGAUAGGUAAGAAGUUUGAUUAGAGAAAAUAAAUGAAUGUGCUCCAAUUUUAUUUACAUUGACUCCAAACCAUUCAAUGUAUUUAGUAUCAGAUUCAACGUAUUCAAAUAGAUUGCUUUCCAUAAUUGACUGAUAUGUGAAGCAAUAUGACUCAGUAUUGGUUUUGUCAGUUUGAACCGGGAUCUGGUGCAUCCCUACUACUUAUGAACAACACUACCUCAUUUCUUUUCACAACGGUUUCCAGUGUGGUUUUAUUAGUUGUAUGUAACUAGCACCUUUUCAAGAACUUUUUCUGAACUUGUCUAAUUUUACAGUCUUUGGUAUUAGCAGAAAUAAUCGUCCGACGCUGACUGUAUGUUCGUGUUGUGUCAAAGACAUGUUUGGCGCUUUAGUGCAUUGCAGCUUCUUCUCAGAUUUCUGAAGAUUGUGUCACUCAGUAUUUCGUAAUUGUUAAAACCCUACAGAAAACAUCAACACCCAGUGUCUUUGAUGCGAAGCACCUACAACUUGAGUCCAGUCAUUUUCAUCCAGUUGCAAUUUUGGACCGGAAGUUCCAGUCAAAAUACCGCCAACUAUGGGCACAAAAAUUAAAAGCUCCUACAAUUUGACACUUGUGCCACUUGCAGGCAAUUUUGUGAUACUACUACAAAUAAAUAAUACACAUCUAUUAGUUUUUUAGCUAACAGGUAACACAUGAUGUAAAACCACCAAAAAAUACUCACACAAAGAAAACUUGUGUAAAUGCCUGGUCAGACUUUAAACAGCAAUUCCAUAUGAAUUAAUCGUUAAUGUAGAGUUUAACUUCAGUGAACUUUAACAUGUGAAUUUGCACCAUUAACCAAUAGCAAGCCUUCUUGACUGUGCUGAUCUUUGAGAGGAUGGAAAGCCAGAGAGUCCAAAAUGGAAGAUGCUAUCAUAGGUUAUUAGCUGUUUUUCAUCAUCCAGUUUUAUUUAACCUCCUCUGUUGGAGCAACUGUUCCACAAAAUAACAAUGGUAAGCAUACAGCAAAGAGACAGGAGUUGAUGGUACAAAAACGUCUUCUAAAUAAACUGUGAACUUGUCCUGUUAGCAACUGAUAAAAAAGAAAACUCGCUAACUGACUAUUAGCAGGCUUGUUAGCUCAGAGAGCUUUGUUUUACCUCUGCAAUAACAUUUUAUUGAAGGAAAUGGUGGACAAAAUGCCAGGGGGAAGGUAACAAUGAUAGAAAGUAGAGAAGAGCUCAGAGGAAUAUUGUGACUGACUAUCGCUAGCCCGGCAGCGCCAGCUAAUUAAGUUAACGUUUAGCUCACCAGCUAUAGCAAUUCACCAACUAGCCUUGCGAGUAGUCACUAUGUCACUAAGAUUCUGGCCCCAUUUAUUUUGGAUGGACAGAGUGAAUAUCAUUUUGUGGUGUGACCAUCGCUUACUGUAACACUCAUUGCUUGCAAGUGGCAGAACUGUUCAACUUACAGCAGUUUUAACUCUUUUGCCUGUAGGACCCGAUGGUUGAGCCGAGAGUUGACUUGCACUUUACUCAUGAAAAAUACUUUGUGAGUGACAUGCCUGUUCCUAGAGGUGCUUCACAUCAAAAAGACUUUUUUUUUAAAAAUGCUAACACCAUACUAUAAUAUAUAUUUUGGUGUGGAAGAAAGGACAAGAGUUACUCUUGUGUGAUAUCAACUGUAGAUGAUAUGAUGUCGUACAUUUGUGUGAUUCUGUGAUUAAUGGCAAGUUUGUCAAGGUUGGGAUUACUUAAUAAUAAUAAUAUCCACUUCAAAAAUUUACAUAAUUAAGCAGCAGCAGUUCAGCCCUGUUGUGCCCUGUUCUCUCAGGUGGCUUUCUUGUCAUACAGCAGGGAAAAGGGAGUGGAAAAACCCCUUCUACAUUGCCAAUGUUUCUACCCAUGUCCAUGCAAGUGUCAAAAUCUCACCAGCUAAACUCAAUCUAAUCAUCAACAGAAACAUCACAUCAAUUUUAACAUGUUUUUGCUGCAGUAGCAGUCAUACAGGGACAGAAGUGAAUGUGUUCUUAGCAAUCCUUGGUCAUACAUUAACUGCAAAAUAUUUUGUGGGUGAAGGAGUGGGGUUUGCCACAAAAGGAUAUUUCUGAUUUUACCAACUUUCAGUUACAGAAAUUUUUAUUAAAUACUAAAUGUUAAAAUUAUCAGACUUAAAAAAAUGUAUGGCACUCACUGUAUUAUGCUUUUUGGGCAAACCACACAUAAAUGCUAUAAGGAGCAUUGAAACAGCAAGCCCACUAAUAUAGCAGGAACCUGCUGCAUCACUCAACUCAUCAAUCCAAAGCAACAAGCAUGUUUUACUUGUGGCCCUAUUCCAAUUAGUGAUGCCAGUGCAGGUUUCCAUCAUCUGUUAAAAUUAAAACGCCUGCUGUGAAAUCCUUAAUUUAUGUAACAAAGUAUAGAAAGCAGUGCAAUUACAGGUUUUCACCGAUGACCAUUUGCCCUUCAUAUGCCAUAAGCUAAAUCAACCCACCAAAACUACAUGUGUAUAUUUUUGAUCCAGGUUCUUUACUAAAAUUCUUUUCUAUAUUGAUGCUGUUUCUUAUCAUUCUCAAAAGCCUGUAUUCAGAGUCCAGAAAUAAGCCUAAAAUGAAGCAUAAUCUCAAAAGCAUUCCAGUUUCAUACCUUAAACAUACCUCUCUCAGUCCAGGUCGGCAAUGAUAAUGAACCUUAAGAAGAGAAGUGCUAUAAUGCCAGCAUCUGUUCCAGCUCUGCUGAUAGAUUUCAUGCGGACCUGGGUUCAGUUCUUCCAUUCACAAUUUGCAGGUAAUGAUGCCUAAGCUGCAGUUUUUGCAAAACUGCUUGGACAACCACUAAGUGGAUGGAGGUCACUGAAUCAGAGCCAUAAAGAUAGUGUUUCAAGUAAGUUGUCAGUUACUGUGAUAAAAAAAAAAUUAAAUUGACCUUGCAAACA